CCUCUAUACUUUCCUAGUACCUAUACCUAUCCUCUAUACUUCUCCUAGUACCUAUACCUAUCCUCUAUACUUUCCUAGUACCUAUACCUAUCCUCUAUACUUCUCCUAGUACCUAUACCUAUUCUCUAUACUAAAAUGGCUGAAGCGAUGGCAAAUAACGAGGACAUUUUCAUGUGUCCUAUUUGUUUGGACUUUCUGAAGGAUCCGGUGGCUCUUAACUGUGGGCACAACUACUGUAUGAGUUGUAUCACAGACUGCUGGAAUGUGGAAGAUGUGAAGGGCGUUUACAGCUGUCCCCAGUGCCGACAGACUUUCUCUCCAAGACCCGUUUUAAAGAAGAAUCAUCUGAUGGCUGAAAUGGUGGAGAAGAUUCAAGCUGCUGUUGCUCGUUGUUAUGCUGGACCUGGAGAUGUGGCAUGUGACGUCUGCCGUGGGAGAAAACUCAAAGCUGUCAAGUCCUGCAUGGAGUGUUUGGUAUCCUACUGUGACACUCAUUUAAAANCUCAUGAUCCAGGUAGAAAUCACACAAUAAUCGAUGCCACAGGCCAGCUACAGGAGAGCAUCUGCCCCCGCCAUAAGAAGCCAUUUGAAAUAUUCUGUCGCACCGACCAGAGUUGCAUCUGCUAUCUGUGUACGAUGGACAAUCAUAGAGGCCACGACACCAUUGCCGCUGCGGCAGAGUGGAGUCAGAAAAAGGAUGGUUUGGGUCAGAGCCAGAGGAGAUGCCAGCAGAUAAGCCAGUUGAAGGAGAAGGAGCUGCAGGAGCUUAGGAAGGCUGUGAAGACUCUCAAGUCUGAUGCACAGGCAUCAGUUGAGGAGAGUGACAUGAUGUUUACUGAGAUCAUCUUCUCCAUUGAGAGAAUGUCUUCUGAGGUGACAGACCUGAUCAGAGCUCAGGAGAAGGCUGAGGUGAGUCGAGCUGAAGGACUCCUGAAGCGACUGGAGCAGGAGAUUGCUGAGCUGAAGAGGACAGAUGCUGAGAUGAAGCAGCUUUCACUGACACAGGAUCCCAUCAAUUUCCUCAAGAACAUCGUGUCCAUCACUGGGAGGCCUUACAGCACGAUUUCUACUACCGUCAGCCAAAGCUUCUCGUUGGAGCCCCUGAAGGAAUCUGUUUACUGCCUGCUCUCUGCCAACAUUGAAGUUGUUGUCCAUGACAGCAAGUUUGGUGCGGGCGACCAUACUCUCAUACUGGAAAUGCAGGCGUUUGGGCAAGUACUUCAGCAUGGCGCUGUGGAAAACCUCCAAAGCCCCUAUUCCUGUCACUUCACUCUUGAUCCAAACACAGCAAACGGAAACCUCCAUCUGUCUAGGGGGAACAGGAGUGUGCAGUACAGACCUGAGCCCCAGUCAUAUCCUGAUCAUCCAGACAGAUUUGAUGGGCAUGAUCAAGUGUUUUGUAAAGAGGGUGUGUCUGAACGCUGCUACUGGGAGAUUGAGUGGAGUGGAGACUUUGUUGAUAUAGCGGUGUCAUAUAAAAGCAUCCGCAGGAAAGGAGGCGGUAAAGAGUGUGUGUUUGGAGGUAAUGAUCAGUCCUGGAGUCUGGAACUCACAGACCUUGGCUCCUCUUUCUAUCACAAUAAUGAAGAGACUGAACUCCCUCCAGUGUCCAGCUCCAGAAUAGGAGUGUAUGUGGAUCACAGGGCAGGAACUCUGGCUUUCUACAGCAUCUCUGGAGACACAAUGACCCUCCUGCACAGAGUCCACACCACAUUCACACACACACUCUACCCUGGGUUUGGAUUUGGGUCUGGUUGGCAGUCAUCGGUGAAGCUGUUGUGA